GCAUUGCAUUGAUUGCAUUCACUCAUCCAUCGGCCAACCACGCAGGCAGCUGAUAUUGAUAUAAACAUCCCCCAUUGAUUGACACACACACGGCCGAGGCCCAUUACGCACGCCGCGCCACGCGACUCUGCACCACACGCGUCACAACACACGACAGGUCAUGCCACGCUUGCCCGAAGCAACUGACUACUGCGCUGUGCUCAAAAUAGAGAGCAUCGCAUCAAUCCAUCAAGAGAGAGAGAGAGAGAGGGAGGGAGGGAGAGGGACGCAAUAGGGGAGUACACGGUGGCCUGGCCCAGCCCCACUCACUAUAGAACUUCUGACCACCUUUCCUCGGUCAUUCACCCUCACCACUACGCAACACAACAAGUUUGUACGAAAGGGCAAGGGAAACGCCGCACACACACACAUAGGGAUCGAGAAACGACACACACCAAAGAAAGCGGCGCUGGAUGGAAAAAAACAAGAAACACACAUACACAACACAUGACAGCCAUCGACCCACCCAGCCAUCCCUCUUACACACAUAGGGAGAGAGAGCUACCAGAUGACCGUUGUGAGCGACCAGUCCGGCACGCCCACCCCCUUCCACCACGACCACAGCCCAUCCUUCCUACCCUCGCCACCGUGAUGGCCCCCGCCAGGUGGCCUCGUGUGGGCCACCGGCUCGGCCACGUCGAUCCACUCACUGAUGGAUGGGUGCUGGCUGUCGUGUGCGUGUGUAGGGUGUGUGCGGUGUGAGGGGAGGUCGAGCACCUCCAUGUCGUCGGGCGGCAUGUCCGACAUGCACCGCACGGGAGAGGGGUCGGUGCAGGGGGAGGGGGGGAGGGAGUGGCUGGAGGACGCACUGACACACACACAUGACCGCACACACGAGGGGAGAGUGAUGCGUCAUGAUAGAUGAGUAUCUGUCCGUGUCUCUGUCUGUGCGGUGAAUGUUUGGGAGCUCACUGUGGCCGUUGUGCCGACGCUCUGCGCAGGAUGCUGCCAUCGAGGAACGACAGGAACUCCAAAAACUCCCUUCACACAUACACACACACACGAACGAGACACACACAUCAUCGACGAGCCGACCUUCCCCCACAUCAUCGACGAGCCGACCUUCCCCCAACUCUCUCUCUCUCUGUCCCCCAGCAGGCACCUGAAGUCGGCGACAUCUUUGAAGUAGAAUGCGAGUGCCAGGCCUGGGUUGAGUUCCCUGGCGUGCAUCUUGAGUGGCGGGGCCGAGUAGAGGGCCUCCCUGGCCUCAGACACCCGCGUGACGGCCGGUUUGACGCCAUGCGGGUCGAGGUAGAACAGGGAGUCGCCCUGCCGACCAACGAUGUAGUAGGCCUGACGCGCACGGCCGCCCAACAUGCCCACCGACCACCUGCAUAGCAUACAACACACACACACAAACACACACACAGACAGACAGACAGGUGCCCUUGUGUCUGUCUGUGGGCGAGGGCGGACUGUAGGCGGUGAUUAAUGACCUGCAUGCGACGAGCUUGAGGAGGUCGGGGAGGAACUUCUCCUCGAUUUUCGAGGAGCCCGUCACACGCGGCACCAGCAGCACUAGCCCUCUCUCACCAUCACCAUUCUCGCCAUUGUCGCUAUCGCCGUCCACGGGCUCGCCCACCGCCUCCCACCCGCCGUUGCCAUCGGUGCCGUCAUCGGUGCCCAUACACUCGUCCAUGAGGGCCUUGUCGUCCAACACACCACAGUCAGCUACAUGCGCCAACAGACUCGCCUGCACACACACACACAGUCAGACAGACAGACAGACAGACGUGUGUUGGGUGGGGUGGCGUGGGGUGGGAUGGGGAGGGACUCUGUGUGCGUACGCUGAUGGGUGGUCUCUGGAGGCACUCUACGAUCAUGCCGCAGACCUGUGCUGUAGUGAACCAGCACCCAGGGUUCCAGGGCGGGAAACGAUACCUCGACCGACUGCUGCCGCUGCCGCUAGUGCUCGAAGACGACGACUGGAAAUGCGAUGGAUCGCUGCUACGAACUGAUUGAUACAUACACACACCACAAAAGACAGACGACACACACGACACGAUGAUUGGAUGGAUGUCGCCUCGCCCUUCACUUUGGAUGAAUGGUGGUGGGGUGGGGUGGUCUCUUCUUACUGUUGAGUAGUGAGUAGAUCGAGAGCGGUGCCUUUUGUUUGUCGGUGAUGUCGAGGAACUUCUCCAGCAGCGAUUUCUUGACCUUCUCGUGCUUGCCAUGAUGGGGGGUGGGCUGGGCCGCCGAAGCAGAUGCAUCGCUCGGAUACGGUUCGCAACCCAGAUGACGCCGCAACACCUGCAACCAUGCAUACACGACUUACACGUGGCCAAUGGUCCUUUCUCUCCAUCCCGUGUGUGUGUGUGUGUGUGUGUGUACCUGCAUGAUCAUCAUCUGUCCGCUCCGCACGGCGCACCCCCAGCCCACGUCGCUGGUGAGGACCUUCAUGUGGUGCUCGGGCUCCACCUCGCACCGCAGCAUCGGCGACAGGCCCGUGCGGUACGUGAAGUGCUCAAUGUCACCAAACAAACGGCGAAACGAACGCUCCUCUAGAUGGUCCGACGACAGACAGCUGAGGAAACGGAGCACACAAUAUAUGUGCUGGUCUGUCUGUCUGUCUGUCUGUGCGUGUGUGUGUGGGCCCUACUUGCCAAGCAGGUAGACCUGUCCUGACUGGGAGCCUGUUUUGGGGAGGUGGUGCGGCAGGGCGUGGGCGAGAGCCUCGCGGUAUGCGCCAUUGAGCCGGUGCAGCAAGUGCUUCAGAUCCGAGUGCUGAGUCACCACACGAGGAGACGAACCCUGUGUGACCACACCACAUGACACACACGAGCACGGCAGCGUGGCCUUCACUCACUCGUCGGUCUUUCUGCAGUCUGGACGGCCGACCUGUGGUUUGUUGCUACUGCCGGUGAGGCUCCUUAGCAGUCCGAUGCCCAUCCCCUCCUCACCCUCACCGUUGCCCUCCGUCGCCCCAGAUGCCGAUGCAGCUGCGGAUGUGCCGCCGACCCACUGGCCGGCCUGCAUGUUCCACAGCAUCCGCAGCGCACCCGCGCCAGACACGAAACUACCCCCACUGCCACUUCUGCCACCGACGCUCUCUGCUGCUGCUGCUGGAGGAGCAUCGCUGGCUGCCGGCUGUUGGUGGUCGUUGUCACAUCCCUCAUGGUCGUCGAGGAAUGAGUAUGAAUGGUCAUUGGGCGAGGGGAGGGGCGGUGGGGGCGGGGGCGGUGGUUGCUGUGGUUGCUGUGGCUGCUGUGCUGGUGGCUGUGGCUGUGGCUGUGGCUGUGGCUGUGGUUGUGGUUCCAGGUGCUCGAAUUCUUCGAUGGAUGAGGAGAUGAUGGCCGAGCUCCACAUGGCCGCCGACGAGAACUCCAUAUUGCCACAGCUGUCACUCUCAUUGAGUGCCGAUGGCUUGCCCAGGUCCUCAUAGCUCCGCGACAAGUCACGCCGACGCAAGAACUGCUCCCUCAGCGCCGCGGCAGUAGCGGCACUCGUGCUCUCCUGGCCGCCGACGCCCUCUCCCUCUGCCUCAGCCGGGCCGUCGCGCUGCUGCUGCCGAUCCGCCUGCGCCGAGGAAUCGCUCUCCAGCGCAUCGCAGAUCUCAAAGGUGUCCACAGGUGAGCUCUCGGGGUCGGUCGUCGGACUGGGAGAGGGAGAGGGGUCGAUAGGAGGGGCGGGGGGAGGGGGAGGCGCGACGCACUCGUCAGGCUGCGCUGGCUGCGCAGGGAUGUGUGCAGGGUGCUCCACGAGCGACGCCACGCCGGUCUCUGGCUGCAU